UUUAAUGCAAAUACAGAGAAAUACAGAGAAGCACUUCUCUCACUCACCUGUCAUUUCCGAUUCCAUCACCCACCAACCCACUUCUUCCACCUCCCCAUCCAGCAAAUUAGAGUUUGCAGCUGUCGGAGAUUUUCUCUCCUCCUUUUCUCUCUCCUCUGCAAACAAUCUAUCAAAUUAUAACCACCAACGGCUUAAACCGUGUGGUUCACCGGCUGUGAUAUUUGAUGCAGAAGAAGAGAAGCUCGUGUACGACGUCGUUUCUGGGGAGGGUAUGGCUUACCCACAUUACCGAUCGCAAUUUGGAGACACCACUUUCACUAAGGUCUUCGUGGGUGGACUUGCUUGGGAGACUCCCACCGAGGAAAUGAGGCGUUAUUUUGAGGAAUUUGGUGACAUUCUUGAAGCUGUUAUAAUCACCGAUAAAAUUACCUCUAAAUCCAAAGGCUAUGGCUUUGUCACUUUUCGUGACCCCGAGUCGGCUAAAAGGGCUUGUUUGAAUCCUAACCCGAUCAUUGACGGGCGACGAGCUAAUUGUAAUAUUGCUGCAUUGGGACGCCCUCGUCCCUCGCCUCCACGAGGACGACAUCAGAGUGGCGUAAAUGUGCAAUCAGCUUCGCCGUUGCAGUUGAACCUCCCGCCACUUCCUCCGCCACCUCCGGUUGUGUAUUCACCAUACGGAUACCCGAGUUACAAUUCUGAUUAUAACUACCACCAGCAACAGACAGUGUACAAUCCACAACUCCGACCACCACAAUUCUAUCAGCAAUCCCCAUAUUUCUACGGCUAUUCUCGAACAUUUCCCAUUCCUUCACCGUCUCAUCAACAUCGUCUUCCUCCGUCUUACAUGUACUACCCGACGCUUCCCCCAGCUCAAUUCGAACCCUCCUUCAACUACCCUCAAGCUCCUCUCGUAUCGCACCGCUUUUCUCCUGCAGAUUCUCAGACAUCUCAGACAUGUCAGCAAGCUGAAGCUGGAGCUGGAGAAAGUCCGACCACUUGACAUACAGAAUAAGAAUGUCAAAAGCCAAACCGAAA